CAACAAAGAUUACGGGGGCUGCUGGUCGUCGUCUCCCUUGGCGAGCGCGAACCGAGAUCUGUAAAAACUCCUCCGCCGCCGCCGCCGCCGUCGCCGCCCCCGCCGCCGCCGAUCUCUCCGCCCGUGCGCAGCUCGAUUUCGCGCCUGGAAUCGCCGGAGCGAGGUUCUGCAAGGUUCCCCGCGAGCGGAGUCCGUCGAAGAAGGAGGAGGGAGAAGAGGAAGCGAUUUCUCAUCAUCAGAUCAGAUCUAGGGCUGCUUUUUCCCUUCCGAUCCUCCGAGGAUGAAUAUAUUCAGAUUCGCCGGCGACAUGACGCACCUUUUUAGCGUCCUCGUCUUGCUCCUCAAGAUUCACACCAUCAAGUCCUGCGCCGGUAUCUCAUUGAAGACACAAGAGCUCUAUGCUCUUGUCUUUAUCACGCGCUACUUGGAUAUCUUUACUGAUUUCAUAUCUUUCUAUAAUACCGUCAUGAAGUUGAUAUUUCUGGGGAGCUCUAUUUCAAUUGUUUGGUAUAUGAGGCGCCACAAGAUCGUUCGUAGGUCCUAUGAUAAAGAUCAAGACACCUUUCGCCAUUAUUUCCUUGUCUUGCCUUGCCUUCUCUCUGCGUUACUUAUUCAUGAGAAGUUCACCUUUAAAGAAGUUAUGUGGUCAUUUUCAUUAUAUUUGGAAGCCGUUGCCAUUCUUCCUCAGCUUGUACUGUUGCAGAGAACCAGGAACAUUGACAACUUGACUGGACAAUAUGUACUUCUACUUGGUGCAUACCGAGCACUCUAUAUCCUAAAUUGGAUUUAUCGCUACUUCACUGAGCCACAUUAUGUCCACUGGAUCCCUUGGAUUGCUGGGCUUGUCCAAACACUGCUCUAUGCCGAUUUCUUCUACUAUUAUUUCCAAAGCUGGAAGAACAACAAGAAGCUCGAACUACCAGCUUAGAUCCUCCACUUAUUUUGGGCGAAGUCUUAAAUUGCACUUACGUGGUGAAGCUUUGCAAUUGCGAAGGAUGUCGAGUCAAAUUAUUUUUUUCCAUAAGGGAUUGUAUAUUACUCGAAUUAGUUAUUUACUUUCCUUGACCCUAUUUCCAUCCACACUAGGAUUUUCUGAAGGAGACAGAUUUUAGUUUUCAGAUAUCGUACGCAGACCAUCAAAAUUCAAGCAAAACAUGCCUCCCAAGAGAUUGUGUCGAUAUGUCAUAUUCGAGUUACUUCGACGUCAUGGAAUGAGAUACGCAGGACCGUGCCAUCAAAA